AUGUACAGCUUCAUGGGAGGCGGCCUCUUCUGUGCCUGGGUGGGGACCAUCCUCCUGGUGGUGGCCACGGCGACAGACCACUGGAUGCAGUACCGGCUGUCGGGGGCCUUCGCCCACCAGGGCCUGUGGCGAUACUGCCUGGGCACCAAGUGCUACUUGCAGACGGAGAGCAUCGCAUACUGGAAUGCCACCCGGGCCUUCAUGAUCCUGUCCUCCCUCUGUGCCACCUCCGGCAUCAUCAUGGGCAUCGUGGCCUUUGCUCAGCAGCCCACCUUCACCCGCCUCUCCCGGCCCUUCUCUGCAGGCAUCAUGUUUUUCGCCUCCACCUUUUUCGUCCUGCUGGCCUUGGCCAUUUACACUGGAGUCACCGUCAGCUUUCUGGGUCGCCGCUUUGGGGACUGGCGUUUUUCCUGGUCCUACAUCCUGGGCUGGGUAGCCCUGCUCAUGACCUUCUUUGCAGGAAUUUUCUACAUGUGUGCCUACCGGAUGCAUGAAUGUCGGCGCCUGUCCACUCCCCGCUGA